GCUGGAACUAUAGAUUUAUGUCUGAGUUACCUUAAAUGCAUGCAGGCUCCACUGUAUCUAACUGGCUUCUACCAAGCGCUAACAACCUCCCAGUCACUUGACAACCCUCCAUGCCAUCCCUUCCACAUGUUCAUCUAUGCCUCGACACCUUCCCUCCGACACACUGCUCAUGUCGUCUACCUAUGCACUGUCGUACGACGUCGCACACAUCUCAUUGCUAGCAGCACCCCCCUUCCCUUGCACCACCACAUCCACUCCCUCCUCGCAGCGGGCACAUCCCCGGAGUGCAGCGUCUGCCAGCUCCCUCGCACCCGCCCACACUGUCACAGCCAUCCCUCCACACUGUCGCCUCCUUCCUCUGUACACAUACAUUUCUAAAUACACUAUCUACCGCUCUCGCCUUUGUACCACCUUCCCAUUCACACCCUCACAGUCAAAGCACCUGUUCAAUCCCUUUUCACUCGUAAAUGACAACACAAUGCCUAUAAACAAGCCCGCAAGACUACUAAAACCAAGUCAGUACAUCAAUAAGAAACUUGAACGGGUUACACGUACCUCUGCCGCCAUCGCCGCAACCACACAAACAUGCCCUAUCCCUAGACCUGCCCAAGUUCGAGUCCUGGCGCUAUAUGAACAAGGGUCAGGCAGCAAAAGAAAAGAUUCGUUACACACCACCAUCCACCUGCCCACACCAAUCCUUACCCUCGCCGGAUGUGCAACCAAGUCGGGAACCAUUAAUAUUGAAGCAAAGGAGAAGGGUAACAAAAGAUAGUCUGGCUUCCGCUCCCUGCCAACUAACCGUGUCGAGAACGCUGCAGCAGGUGUUCGACAUUGCGAACAGCACAUGGAUCUGAAAUUCCUGGAUCAGUGGCACCACCCUCCCUGCUGACGACCUCGAUACUUCACUUUGCGUUCGAAGCAGCAGAGGCAUCCCCCGUCUUGAUGCUACUGAUAUCACUAAAAUAGAUGUCGAAUGCGCGUGCGCACGCCAUACGUUGACCUAAGAGAAAAACGAAAGCCUCACGUCGCGUAACCAGUACUUCAGGU